GAGCCGUGCCGUCCCGUCCCGAUGGCGUUCCUGUUCAGGAGAGGCCGCAGGGGCCCCUUCAAACACAUAGCUCAUGGCCUGGUCCCUGCUGCCACCAUAGCUCCUAAACCUGCAGUUCCCCGCACCCCUCCCCCUCGUAGUCCAAACCCUUCUCCAGAAAGGCCCAGGUCUGCUCUAGCAGCAGCAAUCCUUGCAACAGCACUAACAGGGCGCACUGUUGCUAUUCCUCAGCCUCGGCAGAGAUCCCUUUCUGAAGGUGAUUCCACCUACUUGGAGCAAGAAUGUUUGGAGCCAUAUGCAACAGUCACAGAGCUUGGAAUAGGAUCUAACUGGAACCUCGAUGGUUGUGACCGAUCUCCUCUGCAGUCCCUGGAAAUAUCAGGCAAUUAUGGUGAAGAUGAGGACAUGGAUACAUAUCUUUCAGAUGCUGAUAAAGAGGCAGAGUCCAGCUGCCAGAGUAAUGAGAAAAGGGAAGGAAGCUUUAGCUCCAAUGCUAUUUAUUCUGUUCCCUGCAAAACUAAAAAGGAAGAGUUUCCACAAUCUCCUAUUCCUAAUGCUGACAAGAAAGAAAUUCCUUCCCAUGAAACUGAGUGUCAGGUGCUGGUGGAUAGGUCAAGUGUACAAGUAGAAGAAGACCAAAAUCUGGGCUUGAAUUUAAAGGAGGAAAAAUCAGUAGCUGAAAAUCUGGUACAUGACAAACCUCCACCAUCCCCAGAUGUGUCUGCUCGGGCAAGGCAAGUAUGGGAAAAUAUAAGCAAAGAAAAGUUCAGAGAACUAAAACAAGAAAACUGGUCUCUGAAAAAGGCAUACCAAGCUGUGGUCCAGCGAUUUGAGGGAACAAAACAGCUCAUAAAAGAACAGGAAUUAAAGCUGAAGAUGCUAGAAGAAGAAAACAGAAGACUUAAAGAAGCUGCAGAGAACUCACAUAGAGAAGGGGAGGCAACAGAAUUACUUUCUCUCAGACAACAAGCACAAGAGCUGGUAGAUGAAAACGAUGCUUUGAAAACAGUGGUCCAUCGUUUAAAUGUGGAAUUAAGUCGUUAUCAAACUAAAUUCAGGUCAUUGUCCCAAGAAGAGAAUGCAAAGCUGAAAAGCUUACCCAUGGAAGGACCACAACCACCAUGGCUGUUGGAUAUGAAGUAUUUGUCACCUCUUCUGUUGGCAUAUGAAGAUAGAAUAAGAGAAAAGGAAGAUUUUAUUCUUGAACAUGAGGAGGAUAUGAAGAAUUUUAAAGCACGAGUUGAAGAGUUGGUGAAGGAGAAUGAAGAUUUGCAUGGGCAAUUAAAUAACUGCAUUUCCCCAACAGAAUGGCAACUGCUACAAACUCAGGCCAAGCUUGUCUUGGAAGAAAACACAGUGUUGAUGGAGCAACUCAAAAUUCAACAAGCUAAAGCAAAAGAUAGUCACAGACAGCAUGUCCAAGAAGCUUCAAAGUUGACCAAACAAAUAGUAAUCUUAGAAGAUAAGAACAAGAGCCAAGAGAAAGAAAUAGCAGAGUACCAGAAGCAGCUGGAAGCUUUGUGUUCUACAUGUGAAGAGCUGAAAGCCAAAGUGGACAGCAGAAUACCAGAAAAGGAGCACUUGGCUGUGGUGAAUGAUUUAAAAAGUUGUUUACAGCAGGAGCAGGAGAAAAAACUCUCUGAGGUGGAAGCAGUAAUGGGAAAAAUGGCAUCACUGCAAAGUGAAAACAAGAAACUGCUCUUAGAGAAAAAUAACUUCAUGGCUGACAAGAAGAUCCUGGAAACUGAGAUGCAGUUGACUCAAAAGACAAACAGACGAUUAAAGAAGAAAAUUGGUCUUUUGCAAGUGCAGCUGGAGGAAGCAAUGGAAAAAGAAGUUGCAGCCCAUCACUAUCUAGCAAACCUUAUUGGGCUGGUGGAGAAGAUAGCUAAAGAACGUGAUCAUCUUGUAUUUUUGGCCAGAUGUUUGGAAAAUGAGAAUCAGGGUGUUCUCAAGAAAAUUAUAGAAGGCAGCCUGCGCUUAGGAAGAUUGGAAGAAAAAGUAAAGAUAUAUAAAAAGAAAGCAGCUGGGAAGCUUGGAGAUAUCAACCUCAAGAUGAGUGAGCAGGAGAAGGAAUUUGAAAGGAAGACUGCUCAGUAUGAGCAAGAAAAGAAGCACCUGCAGCAACUGCUGCAAGACAAACAGGAAACCCUCAAGGAGGUGCUGGAGCAAAACAGGAAAACAGAAGGGGAACUUGAAAUCAUGUGGGAAUCCACAGCCAAAGAAAACAAGAGAAUGAGAGAACUCUUACAGAAAUCCUUACAGAGGAAGAACACAUGGAGUGCUGUCACAGUUCAUGAACCACUCUCUCAGAAGGACCUAGUGUAUGGACAUGAUUUUAGCUAUUGUGAUGUGAAAACUUCAUCCCCUACUGAAAAUGAAAUUCAGCAGGAAUGUCACUGAUAAGAAUCUUAUCUCAUCCAAGAAAGAAAACUUGGUGCCUGAAUUUGACUUUUCAGCAGCACGAGGUGUAAUGGAAUGCUUGCUGUCUUCAAUAUUAGUGUAUUUUUAAGGUCAUGGAAAUGACAACAGCAUAUUCUCUACUUGUUCUGUUAAUAAUGUAAAUCUAGCCUAAAAUACAACUUUGCUGUUUGAAGAAAAGGCUGUUUAUUCUCAAGACAAAAUGUGGUGCAACUUUAAGUUAACAUCUUGGUGUUCAGCACAGACACACAAUGCCACAAAACAAGUGAGCAGCAAGACAGUGCUAGUUAAAAUUAAAAUGACAAGUUUCAGUGAAUUCUUCCUAAAUUGCCAGGUGGAGUAUGAUCCAAGCUGAAAAGAAAGUGUAGCUUAUACUUUCUCUCAUGAGGAAGCAUCUUGACUUUCUAAGAUGCAAAGAUGUCCUUAUACCAGUUGGUGUGCCAAAAAUCUUGUUGUCUAAAGGACAGAGAAGAAUUUGAGUGUGGAGCAGACAUGACUGAACCAUCCCCAUGACAGCUGCUGUGCCUGAAUGCACAAGUGUCCAGUGUGUAGAUUUACAGGAUCUGGGAUUUACAGGUGCUGGGGAACUCCUGCCAUGGGUUUGCCAAGGGGACAAGCUGCCAGCACAGGAUGCAGCUCUUCUCCGGAUUGUUUUGUUCAUCCUGCUUCAGACUCAGUGGCUUCAAAACCACCCAGAGUAUUCUCUGAAGCAGUGCUUAUUGUUUAUGCUUUUAGAUUAUUGACCUGUAUUUGUAUUAGCUUUCAGAUUUGUUGAUUUUUCACAAUAUUGCACAUCAACUUUGUAGUAGUAUAUAUUACUGUGAUACAACUUUAUUUUGGAUUUACA